AAUUAUCCGACGAAGCUACUCAUGCUUCUCAUUCAAAAAAAACUGUUUCAUAGAUGAAUAAAAAUCCUAGUAUUUCAGGUAUUACUGUGUGGAGAAUAACGGGGAGUCUAAGAAAUGAACUCAUCUGUAUCACGUUAUGCUAAGCCACCACAGAUUCAAACAAAAAUGUCUGAACCAAGGCAACAUGAAAGUGAUUCCCUAAACAAUUCACCGACAACUCCACAAAGUACAUCUACAUCGUCAUCAUCCUCAACAGCAGCUGAUGAAGAAGUCCGUAUAGUGUUUUUAGGUUCAGCCAAAGUUGGUAAGACAUCCAUAAUUCAACGUUUUCUGCAUAAUCAUUUUGAGUCAAAAUAUACACCGACAGUUGAGGAUAUUCAUCUCAAAAAAUUUAUUGUACGUGAUCACCUAGUAAAACUUGUAUUGAUGGAUACAGCUGGUAGUUACGACUUUCCAGCAAUGCUGCGUUUAUGCAUUAAUAAAGCCAACGCUUUUGUCAUAGUAUUCUCUCACGAUAAUCUUGAUUCACUUAUACAAGCUGGACAGUUGCUAGCACAAAUUAAAUCACAACGCAAAGAUUAUGCUCCGCUUACUUCAAAUACAUUGACUGAGCAAUAUGAUGAUUGUAUAUUUAAUAUUAAUGUAGCAGCACCGCCAAUAGUUGUUGUGUGUAACAAGUCUGAUUUGCCAAAUUCAUAUUCACAAGUUAGUGAAGGCACCAUUAUGGAGUGGCUUUUAACUAACGGUCUGAAACCUUCACAGUUUGUUUAUGCUAGUGCUAAAACCAAUGACUCAGUCAUGUCAGUGUUUGAAUCGCUGUGGUUGCAGAAUAGUGUAAGUAAAGCAAUCAAGUUGGUGAGAUGGGAUGGUGUCAGGCGGGCCAGUUUGAGUAACAGUCAACAGAUUACGUCAUCAACUUCUUUCAUAAGCAGUAGCAGCAGCAAUAUUAUGAGCGCAAACUUGGGAAAUAUGUCAUCAUCUGGACCAAAGGAGACAGAUUUUUCUGCUCUUAGUGGUACCGUAUCCAGCAGUAAUAAUUCAAACACCAACACUAGUCUGAAUGUCAAUAAUUACAACAAUAGUGAGUCCUCUGAUAUAAACCAAAAUGAACAAAAGUCUUCAGCAACUAAGUUACGUCAAGGAAUUUUCCGUAAUAGUCUUCGUCUAAGUCGAAAAUCGAGUGGAAAGACAAGUAAAUGUAAGCCUGAUAUAGUUCACCUUGACUGCGUCAUUUCUUAAUAUUAAUGGAUCCUGUCCUACAAAGUGAAAAGAAUAAAUAUUUUCGGAGUAUUAAAAUGUACAACAGAUAAACCAAAAAUUAAUUUCACAACAAAUAUCAGUAUGCCAGAAUGACAGACUAUCUCUCCAUUCAUUCCACAUCUAUUUCAUUAAGGUUAGGAGUAAACGCUGUCAAUUAUUUCAUAAUAUGAAUGUACAACUGUUUAUAUUUUCAUUGUGGUGUCCUGCAAACAAUGUUGUUCCUUUUUAUUUAGUUGAGUUAAUUUUCUCACUCAACGGUCUGUGUACUUCAUUUUGUGUUAACAAAUACUAUUGUGUGUGAUAUUUUUGCAACUGUUACAUAUUCAUAUUCAAUUACAUAAAUGUUUUCAGAAAUUCGUUCGUCAGUUGUUAUUUGUUCACUUAAGAUGCCAUAUUUUUCUGUUCACUUUUACCACAUACAAUUUUCACAAUAAUAUCUCAUGAUAUGUACCACUCAAUACUAUUUACUUAGAAAUUGCAGUAAAUGAAACUAUUUUUUUUAGUUUAUUUG